UAAAAUUGGGAGUAAGAUUAUAAUGAUAAUUAUCGUUUGAAUACUGCAAGCCUGAAUCGUUAAAUGAUUGUAUCGUCCAAUACAAAGCACUAAGAUAUGCUGAUAGUACGAUAAGUUAGCUAUAAAAGUCAAAUCUUAUAACUUGGUGAUGUCAGUUCCUUCUUAAAAACCUACUAUAGGAGAGUGUGUUAUUUUUCAAAAGUGAGAAAUAAAUCUGUUGGAAUGAGAGAUUUAUUAUUACUGGUCAUUGCCAUUUUGGCAGUGACGGAGAACGCUUUUGCCGAAAUACAUGAAAUUCCAACAAAAUGUCCAGAAUCUUCAGGAAAAACCGUACAGCUCGCUCACAAACACGAUUGUACCAAGUUUUACAAAUGUUCCAAUGGGCAGAAACAACUCUCGAAUUGCCCAGAAUUUGCCCCCGGACAGAAGCUACAUUUCGAUCCUGAACUUCAAAAUUGUACUUUGCCAUGGGAGGCAAAUUGCGCGUCAAGAGCCCCGGAUUGUUCAAAGGACGAAUUCAUACAACCUCAUUCCACCAACUGUAGCCUAUAUUACAAAUGCGAGAACGGGGAAAAAGUCUUAAAAACGUGUGACGAGGAACAGCUGUUUUGUUCGGACUCUCUAGAAUGUGUACACAAAGAUGCCGCCAAGUGUAAAGUUUACGAUUCAUGUCCAACAGGUAAAUUGUUGGAGGCAGUACUUCUGCCGCAUGAUUGCCAACGUCAAUCGCUGUAUUACGAAUGUGUCGAUGGACAAUACGCUGUAAGACAGUGCCCAUCGGGUCAUGUAUUCGACGAUGAACGUAGACAAUGUGUGUCUAAUGUCCACUGUCCUGCAACCGGUACUAAGAGAAUUUCUCAUGAGACGGAUUGCGGUUUGUAUUACGAAUGCGUAGAUGGUGUUAAGGUACAGAAAGUUUGCGAAGAUGGAUUGUCUUUCGAUGGAACCAGGGAUAUAUGUACCUGGCCUCCGAGACACGAGUGUUCAUCGAACUUCAAUCAAACCGACCUGGCCACAUACUUCCUACCUUAUGCAGUGGAGGAAAGAGAUGUUCAAGAUUGUCCACCAGAAGGAUAUACAUUCAUACCACACGAAUGCUCUUGUACUAAGUAUUACUCUUGCGAAGGCGGAAAGAAGUUCCUCGCCAUAUGCCCUAAUGGCAUGGUAUAUGAUUUUAUUAGGAAAGUUUGCGAUUUACCGGAUGUCAGCAUAUGUUGGAACCAAAAGUAUUCUCAUGAUGGUUACUUAUAUGAAAAUUGUCGGGAUUCACCUGAGUGUCCACCCACUGGCUAUGUUCGCUAUCCUGCUGGAACGUGCUCUAAGCUUUAUUACGAAUGCUCGGACGGUAAGAAAUGUGAUCGGUCGUGUAACGGAGGGCUAAUUUACAAUGCACGAAAGAAACAGUGCGAUAUACCCGAAAACGUUGGGAAUUGCAACGGUGAUCAAUCUACUACUACGACUACGACCUGGCGCCCGGACUAUUGCGUUGAAGGAAACAAAAUACCUGACGGGAGUAACUGCUAUGCAUAUUACGUAUGUCGCAACGGAGAAUACCAAUGGAUGAAUUGUCGCUCAGGCGAAAAGUUUGAUUGGAAACUGUUAGAAUGUGUGGCAGAAGACAAAGCAAUCUGUUACCCCGGUGGAAAUAACCAUUGCGAAGGCACCUGUUCGUCAGGCACUAGCCGGUUGCCCCACAAGGAGUGCAGCAAGUAUUGUACAUGCUACCAGGGAACCGCCACAGUAGAAACCUGUCCCCGCCAUAUGUAUUACGAUCGUCGCACACAAAACUGCCAGUGGCCAGAAGACGUAAGUUACUUGCCGAUACAGUGUGAUCCUUCCUCCUGUACUUCCGGUUACGAGAAAGUUCCUCAUGAAUGUUACUGUGACAGAUAUUAUACAUGUUCAGGGAAUUGGAAAGAAAUUGGAUGGUGUCCGUUAGGACAAUUCUUUGAUUAUAGAGAAGAAAGAUGCGUCGAUAAUAGAUAUGCUCACUGUUAUGUGGGC